UUUUUUUAACCAAAAACAUUUUGUGACACUGCGGGUAUUCUCCAUCUCAAUCCGUGACUGAUGUUUAUGUCCUCAACUGGGUAACACGGUGUAAAUUGACUGUAGAGAUUUGGUACGGCUGUCUUUGUACGCUAGGGGCUGUGGCUGCCUGGCCCCCGGAGUGAAAACAGGAUGUGGUCAACUUGUUUUACAUUAAGAAGCCGAGAACAGUGUUUGGACUUGUUUUUUUCUGAUAGGUUCAAAUCUGUAGAAUAUAAUAAUAACCUGAGUGUUUUGCAUAAAUCAAAGAAUUAUUAGGAUCUUUAGUUCUUGGGAUUGUCUUGGACUCAUGUAACACUAUUAGAUCCCUCUUUUUUCAAAGAUACAUAACUUCCACUGAGCUGCUCUUAUGGGAGUCAGCCCACUGACAUAUUUUGUAUGCUUGUGCAAGGUUGAAAUGUGUCACAGGAAAUAAAUAUACUGUACAUGUAUUUCCUGUGAGUAAAUUGUAGUCGACGAAGAGUAUGAAUGUUCCUAAUAUGCACUUAAUAUAUGUUGCAUGUCACCUGCACCUGUGCUGCAAGCUGAAAGUGACACAAGUCAACUUUGCAGAAAAAAUUCAAAUGUGUAUGUCUUCCUCUUUCCAUAAAUAAAUAGCACAUUUUCCUAUCUGUGCUUUCCACCACACCCUGCUUGACUUUGUCUUUAAUCUGUGUUCUCACCCCCUUCAGCCUCCACCUACCUCAAAGGGCUGCAGCGAGCUUUCUUCACCACAUUUCAUGCAUCACCCACCCCUUCCCUCGUUUUCUCUCUGUCUCCUCACACACACACACACACACAUACUGUUACACAGUUCAAAAGUACCUUAAAUUACACAAGUAAGUCUCUUUACAGUGAUCAUGUUUUGGCACCACUAACUUGUUCUUCUGCUCACAACUUUGGAAACCAGCAACGCUGCGAGCGGUCUGCUAGCUUCCUGUCACCCCAGACAAUGCACACAGUUUACAGUCAAACAAGAUAAAGGCAAUACAUACUUCCUGUUUCAUCUGCAGCAUCCUGAAUGUACAUUUCCAAUGGAUCUCCUUCUGAUGAAAACUUCACAACUGCUUUAAAGUACGAGUUUGACUGCAAGAUUCUGCCUGAAACUGUGACAACAAGCCAGUGGGACCUUUCUACUCAACAGAGACUUUUCUAAAGCGGCAUGGCUGACUCUGACAACAUCAUCACACCCUCCACUCAGACUGUGCUGAUCCUUUUUUUCUGCCUAAUAGGCUUAAUUGCAUUGUUGAUCUUCUUGUACAAGAAGUUGAACAGGGAGGCCAAUGGAGAAUAUACUGUGCGCCGCUUGGUGUAUAAGGAAGGAGGGAUCAGGGACCGGGUGAGAGGUACAGCUUUAGCUCUAGGGACACGUUUCGGAGUCCAGCUGUGGCCUCAAAGUGAUACCGGGGAGGAUGAAGAGGAAAUGCAGGAAGUCGGAUCUCAGGAUGUACAGUCGGACGAGGGUGGUAGCCAGGGGAGUUACAGCGAGGGAGAUGACCAGGAGGAGGAGGAGGAGGAGGAGGAGGACGACGAUGUGGAGAAGUGUGGAAAAGGAGGUGACACUUCAGAUGAUAACUCAAAUUUGGAGGGUUCAGAGGCAGGGGAGCAAGCCAGGCAAACAGAUCAGGAAGAGGCAAAGGGAGACACAAAGGAGAAAGUGGGAGAUGAGGAAGGUAAAGGUGAAGCAAGUGGAGGGGCUGGACUGUUGAUAGAUCUAAAGCCGUUCUCUGGUAGUGCCAUCUGGUCUGAGGAAGAGGGAGGUGAGGGCAAGGACAGUGAUUUGACUGCACUGUGAGAACAGAAUUUAAAAAGAAACAUUAAAUACAAAGGAGGCUUAAGAAAUGGUCUUAAUCAGUACUGAGGUCAUGAGUCCAAAUUCCCUAAUUAGCUGUUAAAAUAUAUUUUGUACUGUACAUUUUAUUUCCCAACAUAAAUGUGUAAAUGCUGUUCCACACUGUGUUGGCCUAAAAGUACUGAAGCCACCCUAUAAAACAAACAAAUUUCCAUUUGCAGGUUGCUAAAACCUCAUCAAUUCUCACUAAAAAAACAUUUGUCCUCAAUGGUAGCUAUGGCUCUGGUCUUAAUUCCACUUCCUGUUUAAAAGGUGAUUGCUGAAUGAAGUCGUUGUAAAUAUGCAGGAGUACACUGGAUUGAAUUGUGAAUGUUUGUGUAACAGUUUUCCUUACCUGAAGUAAAACCAUAUGAGUAAAACUGGUCAAAUGAAACGCUGUAUUACUGUAUCAGCGUAUUGCAUGCUGUAUAUUGUGGACUGUGGCAUAUGUUUUUUUUACUGCUUUAAAUGUGUUUGUCUAAUUUACAUGAAACUUUGAAAACAGAUAAACAAGAUAGAUUUGACUGUUUUUGUAUGUUCUUAAUUAGUCGAUUGAAUGAUUGAUCCCCAGAAAAGUUAAGUCACUUUUAAGCAAAGAAAACAAAAUUUUAAAAAGUUCCAGCUUCUCAAAUGCGAACUGAUGAUGAGUCAAACUUUCCAUGAAGUUACAUUGUUAUACUGUUAGUUAGCCUACUUUGUUGUGUAAUGUUUAGUAAAGGUAGAUCAGUAGUAAUCAUUAUGUUGAAUGUACUGAAAAACUAUGACAUUAAGCUCUUAAAUGUCGUAAUUUUGAUACCAUGAAAUGAAACUACAAUAAGGUUUCUAACUCAAAACCAUUGACAUAGGCUACAUGUUUAAUGAAUGUAUUGUAUUGAAAGGCAGUUCCUGAACGGUUUUGUUUUUUGAGAUGUAACUGUAACAACAUUAAUAAAA